UAAUAUUAUUUAACUUAACGAUUUAAGUGUAUAAUUAUUUUGAGUAUUGAUGAUUAAGAGUAUGUAUGGUACGAUGUAAAUAACCGAACAUAAUCAAGUGAGAUUCUGUUGGCUGAACUGUUUGACAUAGUUUUUGCAAUCGACUGUUUUUGCAAAUUUAUUUAUGAUUAAUGCGAAACUUGAUAAAAACGUGAUAAAAACUGAUGAUUGCUGCUGUAGGCGGCUUUACACAUAGAUAUCUUCGCAACAAAUCGCUUUUUUUUUAAAAGUAAAUUAUAAUUAAAGCAGAAAUAGAUUAAAUAAAAUGGCUUGGGUACCGCUGGAAUCGAAUCCAGAGGUUAUGACAAAGUUUUUGCACAAAUUUGGUGUACCUAAAAAAUGGGAAUUGGUAGAUGUUUAUGGUCUGGAUCCAGAAUUGUUAGCGAUGUUACCAAAACCAGUUGUAUCUCUAAUAUUACUCUAUCCUAUAUCUCCAAAGACAGAGGUUUUUAAAACUGAAUUGGAAAAUAAAGAAAAGGAAGCUGGUGCUAAUACCGAUAAUGUUUAUCAUUUGGUUCAAUAUGUUUCAAAUGCUUGCGGAACGAUAGCGUUACUUCAUUGCGUAGCAAAUAAUCUUGAUGUAAUCGAGCUUGCGGAUGGAGAUCUGAAGAAAUUUUUAGAUGAAACCAAAGAUUUAACUUCCGAGAAACGAGGUGAAAAGUUAGUCGAAGCUCAAGGCAUUAGUAGUACUCAUCAAGAUUUUGCCCAAGAAGGACAAACCGAGGUUCCAAGAGAAGAUGAAAAAAUUAUUCAUCACUUUGUAGCAUUUGUUGAAAAAGAUGGAUUGAUAUAUGAGCUCGAUGGCAGAAAGCCAUAUCCAAUUAAUCAUGGACCAUCAAGUUCAGAAACGUUCCUUGAAGAUGCUGCUCGCGUCUGUCAAGAAUACAUGAAUCAUGAUCCCGAAGAAGUUCGCUUUACUAUGAUUGCUCUUGUAUCAAACGAAUGAAGUUUACGCAAGAUAAUUUAUUUUUGCAUCUCAUUAUUCAUUAAUUUUUCGACUGUGCUUAAGAUUUUCUUCAAUGUAUUUGUUUCGUCAAUUUAUCGAAAUUGAUAUUGAGUGGACGUUUGGAAAAAGCUUUAUAUAAUGUGCUGUACAAAAGAAAACAAUUAAUAAUCCAUUUUAAAUAUCUUGGAAAUUAAAAAAUAUAUUUUAGC